ACAUUGUGCAAUGUUUUCAUAGAAGUGAAGGGAGAGAAUUGAAUGCGCAAGAAGGUUAUCUUAAGAAGAUGAAUGUUUUGAAUUUGCUGCCUGCUUUAUCGCGACUAUCAGUGCGCACUAUACCUGGCAUACGAAACAUCUCAGCAUGUACCGAUCCACUGUACUUCAGAGUCAGCAGUGUACUUUUAGGAGAACCGUUGAAGAAAAAAAAGAAAUUAGAUCCUGCGAUUAUCAGGGCAAGAGAAGAAAGAAGACGAAGAAAGUUAGAAAAACAAAUUCGUAGAUUGCAAAAGCUAUCUAAGCAACUAAAAUCAAUCAGCGAGUUGGAAGUGCCAUCAAAAUUAAUAGAGGAAAGGGAGCAAAGACUGAGAAAACUUCCACCGAUAUCAGAAGAGGAAAUGGAGUCUAGAAUUUUAUUGAAAAAGGAUUGGAAUAGAUACAAAUCUCAACAGCAUUUAGCUAACAUUCAGGCAAUAGAUUCUAUCUUUUAUUCGCAGCAAAAGGCACUCGAUGAGCUAAGGGCAGAAUCAGAAGAUUUGUAUCAAGAAGCAAUACAACUGGAUUUAGGACUUUUACCAUAUACAGCGAAAGGACCAUUAAAAACACCUCCAAUAGAAAAUUACAAUAGUCCCGAUGGAGAAUAUACAAACACCACUCGGAAAUUUGAUGGAGAAGAAUGAGUAUUUGAUGUUAAAAAAGGGGAUUUUUAUAUUAAAGAAUAGAAUUAAAAGUCAAGAAUAUAAAUAAAACAUAUAUUUCAAGCUCGAAA